UUUGGACCAUUUCGGUCCCGACGUCAACAGGUACUCCCUGUUCCUUCCGUCCCCGGCACACUUCUUGCGCUCGUACCCUCUACUCCUCCUCCCGUUCCUCUCCGGCUUCGGUAUCUUCGGGCUCAGCGGAAUCAGAUGUCAAUAAUUCCUUGCGCCUCGCCAUCGUGACUGGCUGCCCAGGAUUUUUGCAGCCAGCCGAUGCUGCAUUUAUCUGGGAUGGCGUUUUCGACUGGAAGGACGACCCACGUACUACAGAAGACUUCAAUUGGCUCGUGGACUUCCUGGUACACUUUCGGAAGUCCACAAUGAGGAACUUUGAUGCUAUGGGAGAUGCGCUACUCGCACUGAGCGCCAUCCGGGGUCUGGGAAGUGUCACCAGACGAGGCAAUUACCUUGACUCCAUCAUCUUCGCUAUGGAAGCGGAUAAACCAUCCCGGCUUCGUCACGCAGCCCUUCGAGCUGUAUUCGAUGCCCGUUUUGAACUAGUCGAUAUAGUUGAUCAGGGGAAGGAAGAAUUUAGGGACAAGUUAUUAAAGGAACUCGCGCCAGCUCUGUUCACUGCAGCUAAACCCAUCGCGCCACAGCUACCUGACUCUGAUGAUCCGGACGUUGUCUUUAAUCCGAGACGUGACGACUUCUAUUUACGACUCAUUCUCACUCUAACAAAGCAAAGGGAUUGGCGCGCUCAUUUAGUGAGAGCCGGUCACAUAGAGCGAUGCACAUCUCUCCUAGGCCACGUUAUCGAGAACUCGACGUCAUCUGUCACAUCUCAUUCUUACUAUCUUGCAGGCAUAUUGAUACAGAUGGCUACCCCGGUUGGCACUGCUCUGGACACUCAACCUACGAACAAGGAAGAACCCUGUCCCACUACAAACUCUGCAGCGACACUUCCUGCAGUCCCAGAGACUCCUACUCUCCUGGGCAUUCCAGAUGACAUAUCUGAGAAGGAAUGGUGGGAUCUGCUCAAAGGAGCAUGGACGGCGAUGCGUUACAAUGACCUCCACCUCGAGCCAGAAGCAGUUGAGGUACUGCCUGGCAUUGUCACGUACACUCUUGAUCUCCUACAAACACCCACUGCUCGAUAUGACACGCGGGGUCUUGCUCGAGUGGUGGAUCGGAUAUGUGAGGCGCUCGAUGAUGAUGAUGACGCAAAGUUGGAAGUGAAACGCCUACAGGAUGCGCUGUACAACAAGGUAGCAUAGUUUAUUUCAUCAGUCAAAAGUUAGAUGAUGUACAGUCUCUCUUAUCCAAUACGUAGAAGGUCUAUUCUUUGUUCUAAUCAUAUCACUUAGUUUGGGUUACUCCUCAGGCUUUGAAAUCCAAGUCAGCUUCAAGUUUCACGCUCACCUGUGGAAAAAGUUGUACACUAUGAUAAGUAUAGAUGUUUCGUCACAUUCUUCAACUUAUAUUCGGUACAAUAAUAUCAGCCUUGAAUUCUCAGAUUCGAAAUGUAAUUCAACUAGGCGCCG